CAUUGAUUUGUCUUUUGAUUUGAAGCAUGAUUUCAUUUUUUUUUGUUCCUUUCCAGUUGUUACUGGUCACAAACGACAAAAAGAUGCUCAGGGAGGAAGUUCAACCAAGAAGCAAAAACGCAGUCACAAACGUUCAGGGAUUAACAAUAAAAAGAAAAGCCGGACUGCAAACAGCAGCGAUAGUGAAGAGAUGUCUGCAGGUGAAAAUCCAGCUAAAUCGGUCCAAGUGAAGAAGAGUUCCUCUAUGGUACCAACAGGCUUGAACUCUCUGCCAGGGAGCACAUCUACUGUCAAAGUACUGAGUCCUGGAAAGUCUCCUAGGAAUGGAGAGAAAGAGUCUGCACAGGAGCAUAGCAGCAGGUCAUCCAGAGCCUAUAAAUGGAGUAUACAGAUGGCUGAUGUUGAAAACAUGAGCAGUGUGGAACGCAUUGCAUUCCUUCAAGAGAAGCUGCAGGAAAUCAGGCGACAUUACCUCUCCUUAAAAUCAGAAGUGGCCUCCAUUGACAGAAGAAGAAAACGCAUGAAAAAGAAGGACCGUGAUACAAAUGCCUCUGCAACAACAGCAUCCUCCUCUUCAUCGCCCUCAUCCAGCUCUAUCACGGCGGCUGUCAUGCUAACGCUGGCUGACCCAUCCGUAUCCAACUCAUCACAGAAUGGGCUGUCGGUGGAAUGUAGGUGAUGAAAGGACCUCCCAACGCACAGUGCACUUAAAUGGCUCCCGGGGCUACUUGUAUUUUAAUUUUUAUUAUUAUUUUAAUUAUUUUUUUUUAAAAAAGAGACGCUGGAUAGAGGCACAAAGGAAAAAAAUACGAAACAACAAAAAAACAAUUGAGUUAGCACUAUACUCCACAAGAAAAACUACUUCUCAGCAAAACUAACGUAGCACUUAAGUGCACUUUCAUGAAGAUGAGGAAGUACAAUGAAGUGUUCUGUCGGAGCAAUAACCUGUUGCAGUCUGUCUGGAAAUCGUGUGACUGUUGAUGGGUGGGCCUUACCAUUAUUAUUUUUGGGAAGUGGGGUUGGGAAGACGAGGGGCAGGAAGGGACUUUUGCUUCCUUAUGUUCCUUGCCUGAAGAUUUUUUGCGGCCGAUUUUUAACCAGCUCCGGCAGUGUGUACACGAGCUCGAACUAUUCCUCUCCACUUUCCCAUUGAAGCUGGACCAUUUGAUGAUCUCUGGUAUUAAUUUAGUUCUCUUUUAUCGCACAAGCUUGCUGUUUCUUAAAUGAAUUUUACUGUUACAGUUUUUAAAACAACACAAAAAAGAAGAGAUCGCUUGCAGCGUUAUUUUGUGUAACACAAGCACAGGUAAUUCAAAGACUACAGCGGGUAGUGAGUGCUGGAGCAGAGUGCUUUUGGCAUCAGCCUUCAAUGUGUAACCAAAACGCAUACGAGAUUCUUUCCUGGUUACUGCCUUGUGUUUACAGGUUUGGAUCUGGGGAAAGGUUACUGUGAGUUUUCCCUGACGUGUUAAGUUGGAGAGGAAACCUAUUUUGUCAUUUUUAUAUAAAGUCAUUGAUAUUUUUUCUUUAAUUUUGAUACAGAACAUUUCCUCAAAAAGAGAGAAAAUAGCUAACAAAAUCUGUAAAAAAAAAAGUUUAAAAAACCUGUGUAUAAUGAACAUUGUACUUGCCAGCCUAAAAGAUAUAUUUAUUCUAGGGAAAUAAUGACAAGUUCUAUUUUUGUGGGGUUUUUUCUUCCUUGUAAAUGAAAGGGGACUUUUUUUCCUAAAAGCAUAUAAAAUACUUGGUUUCUAAUGCUCAUUUUAUCACUAGCAAGGCAGAUCAAAAGCAGCCUGUGUACACAUCCAGGCUUUGUAGCAGCUGCCAACCUGCACUCUGAGAUCUGCUGUGAUUAUUGAGGUGGCAUUGGAGAAUUUGAAAUCAAGGUAGACAGUACACAGCCACACCCUGGAAUAAACAAAACACAACUCAACCUUUUUGCCCAGAUUUUAUGUUGUACCCUGUACGUAACAAUGAGUCUGUUAAUUGUCUGAUACAUGUGAUCCCUUUACUUUUUAUAAUGCCUUUUGUAUAUUUAGGACACCUCUUCCCCACACCCCACCUUGGAGUUGUAUUUAAGGAGCAGUGCUGUCGAUGCACUGCACGUGUCUGUACAGAGUGUUUCACUGUUUUUAUGGCAAUUUUGGUGUACCUCGAUUCAAAGUUAGCAUGUUGCUUUUUAUCUUUUUUAAAAGGUAUCACAUGGUGUGAGAGAGUGCGCAUCUCUUCACAAGAGCUGUCAGAUGGUUUUAUGUUUGUAACUGUUGGGUUUCAUUUGCCUCUAAAUUAACACAGGAUCUUUGUAGGAAAAACCUAUUUGUUUGGUCUGUGUAGCUUGUGCUCUUUAAAAAUAAUUUUUGACAAUGGUUACAGAAAACUUUGACCCUGUACAUUACUGUGGGACCUUUGUUUGACAGUUCAAUGUACUUUAAAAAGAACUUAUUGAAAGGUAUAUAAUAUUUAUUAGAUUCCAAAAAAGGUUGGAAAUUAUGUAAUUUAUUGUAAAAAAAAAGCAAAUUCAAAGGCUUCCAUUUGAAAUAAAAUGCCAUAGUUUGUGAACAUGUUUUCUUUCCAACGCAUCAGACCUUUUUUUUAAGCUCAAUAAAUGUGGUGAGUCACCUGA